AGUAUAUGGGUCGGGUCACCAAUUUCCAACCUAAAAUAAAUUUGGAAGUCCACCCUCGAUGCACACACCGGAAAAGGAGCUCCUUCAUAGUCUGACCCGAAAUAUCGGAUUCGAUUCACGCCCUAGUUCAAUUCGUUUCAGUGAAUCCUGACGAGAAGCGAAGAGCCCAUCUACCUUUUUCCGCGGUGUCUCCAGGAAUUUUCUCUAUUCUCCAUUGCUCGUUAAUUGUUUGAUGUAAUGUCUCAAAGAGAACCCUCUUUACAUUUUCAGUUUUCGAUUCUAUAAUAGCACCAGGAGAGAGCUCAGAGUUGUGUUUGUUGCUGUUGUGAUGGCAUUGAGGGGGAAAUUGUGGCAUUGUUUUUUGGAUGAAGCUAGUGGCUUUGCCAUUUAUGCCAGAUUUUAUAGCGUGAAAGUGGACUUGAAAAAGCUCAGGCCAAUGAUUCUCAAGAGAAUUGAGAAUCGAGCUAAGGAGUAUCCCAUUAGCAGCAUGAUUCCGGUUGCGCAGGAUGUGCUCAAGGCACGGUCUCUGCUCAUCCAAGGCGUGUCUACCCUCAUGAAUGUUUUUCCUGUCAUGGCCUGCAAGUUCUGUCCAGAAGUAUAUAUUGGUGAGCAAGGUCACUUGAUUCAGACUUGCUAUGGUUACAAGCGCCGUUCCAAGAACCAGGUUCAUGAAUGGAUAAGUGGUAGCUUGAAUGAUAUACUAGUCCCAGUAGAAACAUUUCACCUACAGAAAAUGUUCCAAGAUGUAAUCAAGCACCACCAAAGAUUUGAUUUUGACCGUGUUCCUGCAGUAUUUGAACUAUGCCUACAAGCAGGGGCUGAUCUAGAUGAAGAAAAUUUGAGUUCCAGCAGUUGGAAAUCUGAAAGCACCUUUAGUGGUGUCCAUGGAACCAAGUCUUUGUCACCAGAUGAACUGAAGUUCAUAGCCACUGGAACUUUGAGGGCAUGGGAGGUGCUUAGAUCUGGCAUUCGGAGGCUGCUGCUGGUUUACCCUGCCAAGGUUUGUAAGUACUGUUCAGAAGUUCACGUGGGACCAUCUGGGCACAAAGCUAGGCUUUGCGGGGUAUUUAAGUAUGAAAGUUGGCGGGGUGCCCAUUUCUGGGAGAAGGCGGAUGUGGAUGAUUUGGUGCCUCCUAAGAUUGUGUGGCGACAGAGGCCUCAGGAUCCUCCUGUGCUUGUGAAUGAAGGGCGGGAUUUUUAUGGACAUGCACCUGCAGUGGUGGAUCUGUGUACAAAGGCUGGGGCAAUAGCACCAGCCAGGUAUCACUCUAUGAUGAAAGUUCAAGGUCUGCCAGGACCUACUGGAGUCAAGUCCUGAAGCUCUCAGUUGCUUCAUUUCCAGAAGUGAGGACUUCAGGGCCCUUCAUCUGGUGCAUCUUGGGGCUGGAAUUUUUACAGCCCUUCAAGUGGUGGAGGGUUCUUCCUAGUUCUUAUAUACAGCAAGAAAUUUGUAACAUAAUUUUUUGACAUUAGAUAUGCUCAUUUGGGAGUUUCAAUCACCGGGUGUAAUCUUUGUACUUGUUCAUCAUAAUAAGUUGCUCGAUCGCCUUUGCCUCUUUUA